AUGCCUUCAAAUCAGAGGCCCAAUAUGGGGCCUCCAGAAACUCCCAGCAGGUUUAUGCAACAAUCUCCAAACCUGUUCCCGAGUCUACAGUUCUCCCCCGACCUGUAUGCACACCAAUUCAACACCGGACCAGCUACCGCACCAAUCUAUCCUCAACAAAGACUUUUUUGGGAUCCUGCCAGUAUGCCCUACGAGCAGCCAACCCUACCUCAGCAGUAUCAAGACCCUUUUCAAAUGAGCCCUGCUGGAAUGAGCACUUCCUUUGCCUCAUCUUCAACAAUUGUUCCUCAGUACCCACCGCAGGAAAUGUUCUUUGAAGAGCAACAACCUUACGAAUUGCCCAACAUGCCUCGGUCCGCAAGUUAUACUCACUUUGACGGAUCUGUCUUUCCUACCCCUUUCACAACUUCACCUCGAAUACAAGCUCCACCUAUGGAAAACCCAAGCAUGUUCUUAAGUUCUCCUGCUCGGAGGUUCAAUACCACUGAUAACAACUCCUUCAAGUUUGGACACCAACCUGUCCCUGACCGCCCUGCAUAUGCUCAUCAAAUAGAGGAGUCUCGAAGAGAACAGGAAAUGAAACGAGUUCGAAGACUAGAAGCCAAACAACCUUCAAUAACUCGAUCGGUCAUGGAGGCUCUGAGAAGACCGGUCUCCCCAAAAAAGGAUGCGAGACCAGGCUUGAAGCGGAGCCUCACCCAUACAGGUGUUCGCCCGGAUCGAGGACUCAAAAUCCAGACUCAACCUGGUAGAAACUCUCCUGCUCCAGGUGUAUUUAGGCCCGGUAGGUCUUCGCCUCUCAAGACUCUUGCGGAUCCAAUUUCGAGGACGCUCACUACCAGUCGUAACGCCAACGUCAAACGUGGCUCAAUGUCAUUAUCCAUUGAUGAACAUGGGGUCGCCAAGACAGUGUUGACCGACCGUGAACCAGACAUGGAUUUAGAUGAGGCUUUGAGCAGUGCUACAGACUCGUUUGAUGAAUCCGAUUUUCACAUGUUGCAUAGUCAGCAUACUUCUUUCGCCUUUCAUGAGAAUGAUGACCUUUCAGGGCCAACUCAUUUUUCGUCAAAUAGGUCUUUCAGUCAUUCCAAGAACGACUCUCGUUCCACAAUGGGCUCAACUGGCUCCGCCAAACAAUCCUCCCAUCAGAGCUCCCAGUCAAGUUAUACCAAGCCACGUCCAUCUGAUGGUGUACCAGGUCGAAGAAAACGACCUUUACUAGGCACAACCAUCGAGGAUGAUACUUUGAUGGAGGAUGACACAUUCUCAGGCAAUGCUCAGGCAGCACUCCGUGCAAUUAUACAGGAUCGAUCACGUUCUACUUCCACUCAAGGUGAACCCACAAACCACCAUCUUCAUUCCUCACCACCGUUAUCUCAUACCCAAUAUGCUACAUUCAACGCUUCACCGACCACAAUCACAGAUCCGGACUUGGCCACUCCGAGCACCGACAGAGACAGCCUUGGGAGCAACAUGAGUACACGUUGUGUGUGUAAUUCGUCGCUCCUUGACGGAACGGUGCCGGUCAUCCAAUGGUGA